AUGCCAAAUUUAAGCAUAGACAAAAAAGAAAAAGAUGUAUUACCUUUAUCCAAUCACGAAAAUCUUAUGGGUUUGAUAAAUCCUUUAAAAACAAUUGAUCUAGUCACGAACAACCAAUUUUCUGGUAGUCAACUUAUUUCUUGUAAAUCUAUGAGCAAUUUAUCCACUUCGAAGCAGAACGAUGAUCUCCAGAAUGAAAUCGACAGUCACAUUAUCGGAUUUCAAAAAUAUCAAUGGGCUAAAUAUGGCCGCACUAUGCCAACAAAUUGGAUUGAUCCAUUCGAAACAUAUGAUUAA